GGAAUUCUUCGCGACCUGGGUUACGCUUGCAGUGACAAUACAGUGGUAGAAUCGAUAGAUGAAAUAGCGCUGAUAGAACGCGGUGGUGGUUGUACAUUCGCUGAUAAAAUCAAGCAUGCGAACGGAUCGGUUGGGGUAAUUUUGUAUAAUAAUGUCUCCAGUUCGAAUAUUUCCAACGUAGAUUCUUUAGAUACGGAUGUGAAUUUACCGCCUACAACUUCUAUGCCUGCCUUUUAUGUUUCCAAUGAAAUAGGAAUUCAGUUACUUUAUAGUUUAAAUGCUUCAAAUAACGCUAAUACACAACAAUCAAAUCAACAUCACGCUGUUAGAGUGAUGAUGCUAGGAAUGACAUCAUCUCCUGGUUCAGAUGGAUCAAAUGCCGGUCAAACUGCGGGAAAUCGAUUCACAUAUUUUAUCGUGAUUGUUAUAACUAUCUUUGUGGCAUAUAUGCUAUUUAAAACACGUCGUCGUCAGCAAGAGAUUCAUUCAGCGAACAUGCUCAGAGCUCGCUUACCAAGUACACAAGACGCCAAACAAAAAUUAUUAGAUCCAAAAAUUCUAGCUGAUUAUCCUUCCAAACCGUACGCCUCUCGUAAGAAAAUGACAGAAAAGAAUCCUACGUCGUUGUCGUUAUCAUCAUCAUCAUCGCAGCAAGCUGAUGGCAGUAAAUCAAAAACUCGGUCAGUAGCAGAAAAUGAGGAUGAACAUACUGAAACUGAUAAAAAUGCUGAUGUUGACAAAGAUCAAGAUUUUGAAACUUGUGCUGUAUGCUUAGAAGAUUUUGUUGAGACUGAACAAGUUAAAGAGCUGCCGUGUGCUCAUAUAUAUCAUCCUAACUGUAUAGAGCGAUGGUUGACCAAGGUGUCUGGUGUUUGUCCAAUGUGUAAAUAUGAUUGCGUUAAUAAUAAAGCGGAGGAAAAUGAUGAUCCUAAUAAGGAGGUUGUGAUUUCGAUGAAUGAUGGAGAGCCUUCUGUUGUUUCUGAAUCUUCGGCUCAACAAAGUACAUCAAUGACGACAAUUAAUAUUGCGGCUGAUUUUUCCGAAUCUUCAGAAUCCAAGAAAUCGCGAGAAUUAAGAACUCGGGAAGAAAAUGAUAACAAUAAUAGAGAAAAGAAAGACAAUAUUGCCAUGGAUCCAAAUGAGCAUGCAGGAGAUGAAAAUAUCACGAUCUGA